CGGAGUUGAAAAUUCCCACAGUCUUGAAAGCAGCAGGGCUGAUGAUGAUGAUGAUGAUGCCUCGCAUCCAUAUGACCUGCUGCUAGCACACUUCUGGCUACAGGAAUGAAUGUGUCUCGCGGCCGCGCGGACAUGUCGCUCGUGCGUUGAGAGAAGCGGGGCACGCGGCGGUGAAGUGAAGCCUCUCCAAACGCGGGACGGAGCUGCGGACGGGAGAGAAGCGACAUGACGACGCGCUCGGAGAGGGAGAAGGCGCAGAAACUCAACGAGCAGCACCAGACCAUUCUAUCCAAACUGCUGAGGGAGGAAGACAACAAGUACUGUGCUGACUGCGAGGCUAAGGGUCCUCGGUGGGCAUCAUGGAACCUGGGCGUGUUCAUGUGUAUCCGCUGCGCUGGGAUCCACCGGAACCUGGGAGUCCACAUCUCCAGAGUCAAAUCUGUCAAUCUGGAUCAGUGGACACCCGAUCAGAUCCAGAGUAUGGUGGAUAUGGGCAACACCAGAGCCAAACAUCUGUAUGAAGCCCACCUACCAGAGAACUUCAGACGACCUCAGACUGAUCAAGCAGUGGAGGUCUUCAUCCGGGACAAAUACGAGAGGAAGAAAUACUAUAACAAGGAAGCUGCGGCCGCAGCUCCAAAGACAUCUGAAGCUGCUCCUUCCUCCACCUCACCUUCUUCCCAGGCUGACAGGGGCAGACCGGAGAAGGAGCGCGAUAAGAAAAAAGAGGAGAAGAAAAGAGAGGACAAGGACUCUGUGGAAAAACAAAACAACAGCAAGCAUUCGGAGAGCAGAGCCAAUGCCGGGAAGAUCACAGAGCCGACUGUGGACCUGCUGGAUCUUGAUGCUCCAGGGGGGGAAGGGAAGGGCUCAGAUCAAACUGCAUCCACUGCUGGGGAACUGGACGUCUUUGGACCGAUGGUUUCCAAUCCUCUCUCUCCCAGCAAAGCACAACAGGGGCAGUCUGGUUCCGGUCCAGCUCCUCAGCAGGCGGACUCCUUCACCCCCUCUGCCUCCACCAGCACAAAGGUGGUGGAGAAGAAGCUUUUAUCAAAAGACUCCAUCCUGUCUCUUUACGCCAGCAGCUCGGUGGGCAUUCAGCCGCAACAGAGCCAGCAGCAGCAGCCUGCAGCAGGACAAGCAGGUGCAUAUGUGGGCCAGCCUCAGAUGCAGUUCACCCCGCAGUGCUUUGCUCCCUCUACGGCUGCAGGAGCUCCUCCUACUGCCAUGAUGUCUGGCAUGACGCUGGCCAAUGGGGGCUACAUGAGCGCCCAGCAGCAGGGCGGCCCCCCCGCUAACCAAGGACCAAACAUGUACAGCUUACAGCAGGGUCAGCAGUGGAGCAUGAGCCCGCAGGUGUCAGGUGUGACAGUGAGCAGUGCUGGACCCCCACCACCAACCACCACUUUGAACCAGUCAGGCGCUUCAGCAGCCUCAGCAGCAGCUGGUCAGACCCUCAGCAAUCAGCUGUGGAAGUGAGGACGUCCUGAAGAUGAGAUAACUCCCACGACCAAGAGAACAUAACACAGGGACAGUCCGCCUGUCCCAGAACCAACUCGCCUUCAUUGUGGGUCUCUAAGAAGACCAGGAGGACAUCGAUAAUGAACAGAGUGAGGAAACACAUCCCUGCUGUCUCCUGUCUUUGUUUUACGUUUGUCCUCCUUCUAGUUGUUGUCAGAAAAAAGGCCUGAGUGAUGAAGGGUGUUGGGUCAACAACCGAGUUGUUGUGGUGUGUUAACAUUAGCUUUUGUGGUCAAAUAAAAUGGACAAUUAGUGACUAGUGCUUCAUUAUCUAGAGUAGUUAUGGAUAUUUUGUGGUUGGUCUGUGCAACCCCACCCUCAGCUUUCUCUACAGCGUGUAUUGUAGUUCCCCAACCUCUGCAGAUUGUCUGAUGAUUGUGGGUGCUCCUGUGAAAAUGGCGUGGACUUCCCAAGCUUUUCAGCUGCAGAAAAAAAGUAGAAUCACAACUUUCUGAUUUAAAAAAAAAAAAAAAAGAAAGGUAGACGAGGUUUUCUGUCUUAUGGAUAUGAGUUUAAAUCUGCUCAAACUGUAAAUGUUAUUACAUUUUUCCUUGAAAAAGAACAGAAUUACCCUUCUGUGCUUCUAUUUCAACUACUGUCACAUCGUGGUGAGGUCAAGAAGUGUUUUCUAAUAACCAGACUGAUGUUAUAACUUAGAAAAAAGAGAUCGUAACUACAAAAAAAGCUGCUUUACUUAAUUUAAAAGAGUACUACAAAGGGGGAACAAAUUCUUCUAAAAAUAGGUAAAAAAAUUUGAAAUUAAAAGUGUAUCUUUCUGAAGCUCUAACUGUUAAUGUCGAUACAGAUCUUGGACUGUCAGAAACCAAUUUUGCUAUUUAUUUUAUUGCGCAGAGUAAAUUCCAUGCAAAGCUGUAAAGGUCUUUGGUCGUCUGUGAGGCUCAGUGGUCAUGCUCCCUCUGAAUCACUCAGCAAAAGCUCACAUUUUACUGUAAGUCAAGCAAAACUGUGAACUGCAUUAAGAGUCUUUAGAACCUGGUUUUUCUUUUUUUUUUUUUUUUUUUAACUGUAGAGUUUUUUGUAUUUUCCAUUUAUGCAAUAACAAUAUCAUUAAACCAAGUUUCAUUUAGAUCCAAAAAGUUACCUUAACUAAUUCCAUACACUUUAAGAUAAUCUUGAUCUUUAUUAAUAUUUACUAGUCUUUAUAGCAAAUGUUUAGUAAUGUACCAAAAUUUAAAGAAAAACAUUUAUUUAAUAAAAAUGUUGAAUAUCUUGCCAUAAUUUGACUGAUCCAUACAUUUAGCAUAAACCUAAUAAAGUCAUUUGCUAUCAUGUCGUGAAAGGAGGAGGAUGCAGAAGUGAAGGUUUUAUUUGACUGAUCUCUGAAGGAGAAACUGAAAGGCAAAGAAAGUCAUUUGUUAUCAUUUUAACCAACUUUUCUCUUCACUAAAAAACAGCAGAGAUUCUCUUAACAGAGAUAAGAUCUAAAGAGAGCUUACUUAACAAAAUGUAUGUGUUGCUCAUGAGCCAACCUGACUACAUCAUUCGUUAAAAUACAGUGUUCCUGUAAUAUUUUCUUUCUUCACACAUCUUCUGAAGCUGCACUUCCUCUUUGCUUGUUUUCUGACAACGUCAAAGUGUACCGCCGCAUCCUAAAGAAAAACCUCCACCCCGCUGUCAGCGAGAAACAGUAGUUGUCUAAUGAAAAAUCCUGUCAACAUUAGAAAAUGUUUUAGGUCUCAGGAAAACUUUAAAAUCAUGUGUAAGUGUCUCUCUUUAUCUUUGAUAGGUUCCUAAUUAUAUGCAUAUUGUUCUCUUUUUGACUCAGCAGGACCGUCUGUGUAUUUUUACUCGCUAAGGUGCUGGAGCCUAUCCUCUCUGUCCAUGUCAGUCAAAGCAUCAGCCUGUCAUGAAGUCUUAAGGUCAAUAUUAGGAACAUUUUAAUCAAAAACUUACAAGCAGUGAGAGGAUCUGAAUUUAGGAAGGAGUUCUGUCUGUGCUAAAGAACAAAAAAUGACACCAUUUAUUUAUUUAUUCUGGUUUCCAGCUAAACCUGGUUUACACAAUUCCAAUAAGAAGACUUAGAAUUCAAUUCCUGUGGAUCCCACACUAAAGGAUUAAUACAUAGAUCACAGAAAACACAGCUGUCCGGAGGUGGAAAGUGUAAGCAAAUACUGAAAUAAGAAGCAGAAAGAUCAUAGGUGUUUCUUUGCUUGUAAGAAAGAGAACGCCUCUAAAAUGGUUUGAAUGUUUAAGCUCCUCACUUCUGUGCUACUGAAAUUGUUAGCAUGUGGAUAAAUUCCGGCGCGGGCGUCAUAUAAACCUUUCAAUUUUCUCUCUGCGAGCCAGAAAACAGAAGGAAAUGUUUGAUAUUUAUGCAACCUGUGAAAAUAAAUUAUGUCUGUGGACAAAAGACCCAAAUGUCAUCAGGUAAAUUUAAGACCUAAUUUUUCCAGGAAACUGUGAAAUUUGUCUUUUAUUUGCCUAUUUUUUUUUUAAUGUUGUGUCUGUGAUUGAUGAUUUUUGAAGCUCACACUGAAAAAAUCAUUAGGAAAUUUCUAUUUUACAAAUGUAUUUACUAAUGAUGUCUCCCAGCCGUUAUUUAUUAAAUAAAAACUCCAGAAAAAUAAUGAAAAAGAAGGUUAAAACAGGGUAAUGGAAACUCAACCAAAUCGAUUUAAAAUUAUCCCAAUUUUCUAACUAGAUUGAUUAAGGACCCACUCCGAUCAUCCUUUGAUCUGCAGAAGCGUUUCUCAGUGGUCUUUCCAUUAGCUGCGUUUCAAUUACAUACUUGUGCAAAACUUUAUCGAAAUUGUAGGAAUUUUGAAAAGACACUGUUUUGCAAUGACACUGUUUUCAUUAAAUCAUAAUUAUGCAAAUAAAUAAAGACCAACUAGCGCAAUAAGUCAUUAAAAACACGGCGAUGGAUGAGACGAACAUUUUUUUUAUUUGAUUCACUAAAAGGGAGCAUCUGGGUGACGUCACAGCAAUGUGGCGUGCAGCGCAGCUCGUCUAUUGACAGCCUCAGAUGCUCGUGAGAAGCCUGUUCAGCACUGUGGUAUUAAAAAAAAACAUUCUAACAAGUGAGCAGCUGGACCAUUUUUUGUGUUUGAAAAUGCAACAAGAUCCAUUCAAGACCCCUUCCCGUUGCUGAGCGAAGCAGGAAGUUUGUGGCCCGCCCGCGUACUUUCAAGGGUCUUUGAGGGUUUCAAUAGUCAUUUUUUGUCUGCUCCUGAUUCACGACGAUUUGAAUAAAGUAUUUUAAUCUUAAUUUUCUCUAACUAUUUUCUCCAUCAUCAGAAAAAAUGCCACAAAAACACAAUUUCUAUCGGAGUGGGUCUUUAAUGUCAUCUUAUAGAAGCCAUGUUGCUGGCAGCAAAGAAACACUGUCCAAGCACUUUAUUAUCUUAACUUAAAACCUAAACUGUGCAUUCAUUUUAAUGUCUUAUCAUCAAAUGGAAAAGCUUGUUAAAAAUAUCUCUUCAGAACUCCCAACAUGUGGUUUUGUCUUUAAUUCGGUCAGCUGUCUGCAGCUUUCCUCCAGUGACUCACUCUGACUCUACUUCCUAAAAUCACAAGUUCUACACUGCUAGCCCACCUGGAUCCGCAGCCGCUCGUCGUCUCUCACUUUGUGGUUUUGGCUUUCUGGUUGUUGUCAGGAAGCAGCUCAGAUGACAAACCCUUUGGUCUGAGUCCAGGUGUUGUUACCUUUGUCUUAACAAGUUUACUCCUAAAUGCUUUCCUCCCCGUGCAGUGAAGGAAUCUGUAACGUUGUGGUGUUUGUUGUGUGUACUACAAGAGAAGGACAGUGAGUCGGUUUGCAGUAAAUAAGCUGAAGGGCUUCCCAGCAGAGGCUGCCAAGACUCCAGGAAAAACCCAGUAUGAAGGUCAUGGAAGUGUCUCCUGUCAAGUCCUAAAGAAGAUCUCAGAACUCAUUCCUCUAACACGCAAUAACUGAAACCCACUCUGCUGUUUCUGUAAAUGUUCUGACAGAUAAAAGCACAACUCUGUUCUUCAGAGGAGAUCAAUAAAGACAUGGAAGAUCAA